GCCCGCCUGGGCGCAAAGGGCGACGACCCUGUGAUCAUCGACGACUACAUGAGCUUAGGCGGCAAUUUUGACUUCUCGAAAGGGGGGAAUGCGCAGUAUUACGGCGAGAUCGAGGUGGGCACGCCCGGGCAGAAGGAGCUGGUUGUGUUUGACACGGGUUCUUCCAACCUGUGG